UACAACACUUGCUACCCCGCCGCGCUGUAGGCCUCAAGCAGAAUGUGGCCGGAUAUUUGAAUCAACACAGAGGGCCCGAAGAACCCAUUCGAGUUGGGCAGGGUGCGUCCACUCUUCACACAAGUUUUCUCAAAGAGAUAGUUCCUGCAGUGAGCCUCCCUUUGCCUUCACUCCGGCCAGCAACCAUGGCAACAACGGCAAACGCUCAGUACCACCACUACGUUCCUCGAUUCCUCCUGAAGAAUUUCUCCCACCCAUACAAGCCCGAUGGCGGCCGCCACGGGAAGCGGAAGGGUGCCGGCAAGCCCAGGUACGAGAAGGGCAUGUUCCCCAACGACCCCGUUGUCCGCAACCUGGACCUUCUCGCAGAUCCUCCAGUCAUCAAUGAAAAACCGGUCGGGCGAAUACUCGGCCAGACGAAUAUGUACCAGGACACAAGCAGGCCCAUCGAGGAGCAGCAGCACAUUGAACUCAUGCUUGCGAGACUUGAGAGUCAGGCCAGCAUGGUCUUUCAGAAGGUCAUAGAGCAUUUCGAGCAGAAGGAGCCCGGCUUUUGGGUCACGCGCGACGAGAGAAAUCUUCUCCGGAAAUUUCUGUUCCUCCUCAAGUACCGCAACGAUGGCUCCCACCGCCGCUUCUGUCACAACACACCCGAGGAGUAUAGUGAAAAUGACAGGGAGAGGCUAUGGGAAUACAUGGCCAAGCACGGCUUCGAGAGGCCAGUGGAUGUCUGGCUCCAAAAUAUCAAGGCCAUCAUUGAGUUGGAGAUGGAUCCCGAGGGGAAAUGGUUACGGGAGCUGCGCAAGCGUAUGUACCCAGACGAUGCUAUGUGGUUUUACACCCAUGCCGAGUCAAGUUACAUGGCUAUCUGUACUCCAUCCAACCCCGACGACGAGUUCAUCCUAACAAACCGAAGCUAUGGCAUCUUCGAGGGUCCAAACCAAGCUGUACAGGAUAUCGAGACGGGCGAAGUGGGUGAUGCCAUCUAUAUGCCCCUUCACGAGUUUGCUCCCAUAUCCCCUAAGCUCAUGAUCAUCCUAAGAAGCAACCUGCUCCCAGAUCCCUUGGAAGACGCUGAAGAGAACGUGAGGAAAGGCUUCAACUCGUUGCUGGCCGACCUGCCAAUCCGCAGAGCUCGGAACAAUUACUCUCGGGUUGUUGGCGGCCGAAUAGUGCGUCUGGGAAGGGACGAGAACUGGAGACCGAAAAAGGACGAUCGGUUCUACUUCACCUUCUUCCCCAUCAACUCGAAUCAUGUCCAUACAAUCAAUGCCAUAUUGCUGGACAAUUGCGCUCACUGUUCCAGCGUGGUAUUCGAAUCACCGGAGAGCUUUGCGAGAACUCUGGAAUGGUUCCUCACGGCGCCAUGCGAUAUUGGGAAAUUAAUAACGGGUGUCGAUGCUGAACUUCGUGAAGUGGCCUUGCAAAAACUAGAGGAGGCAUCGCGUGCUCUCGGGUCAACGAAGGAGACGGUCUGGGUGAAAGUCCCCACUCCUCUGGUUCGAGAUUACAACGAGUUUCGUCUCGAGCGCGCUGCAAUGCUUGAAAAGAUGGAUCGGAUUAUAGACGGAGGUGAUGGUGAACUUCUGGAUUGGGUUCGCAGACUGGACUCACAACAGUCUGACGGAGAUCCUCAACUCAUGCGGACCUACGAACUUUUAGGAGGCUCGACAGAGACAAUGACCGAGGAUAUUGUUCAGGCCGAGAGGAUGUGGACCCUCCGCCUCAAAAUCGACACCUGGUCAAAGGGUAAAGUUGACGAGGCCAUCCGACAGCGCAAUCGGGAACUCCUUAUUGGCGCAUACCUCCGCCUUCCACCGCGCCGAGUCUGGCUAUUCACCAAGAACGUCAGAUUUGCCAUGAUCAAUGAGUAUGAGGGCAAUGUGGACGCAUCUGGACCAGAAGAUGCUGUGGCAGAAUGUGCUAAGAUUGUUAGCCCCAAAAGUCUGGCCCGACUUAUAUACACCGCUGGUUACAAUGGCGGCGAGUUGAGAAGCCGGUCCUGGCUUGAUCUCUGGGGCCCAUUCCCCCGUGACGUUCACGGAUUCUUGAAACAUGGCUGGUCUUUUCGUCAUAUCGUGUUCAAUACACCGGGUUACAUCCGAGAUUGUGGUAUCGACGAGGUUCAACAACUGGCGCGCCAAGCCCAGCGUGAGAUCUUGAGGGCGGGCCGAUACAUGAACAUGGCAUUGCCUUUCAAACUAUUCAAUGAGGGGGAGAGAAUAGAGCUCUUGACUAGGGUUACUGUGCGAGAAAGAUUUGCGGAUUCGCUCGGAAGCAGACUAAAGGCACAGGACUUGAAGGAACUCAAACGCAGCCUUUUCGAAAGCGCCUACCCAACUCCACCUUUGGACUGGGAGUACAAGUACGUAGGUAUCUAACCUUCCUGAAGAUUGUGUGCAGGUUAUCUGAGAUGGGACAGGGCACUACCUGUACAAGCAACAAGUCAGGUAUAUUGUGAUCUAGGGAACCACUCGCUACAUGAUGCAAUUUCUGUUCAUAUUUUCAAUAGAAACAACGCUCAG